CGCCCAGAGAGUGUGACAUCGGGCGCUGCGUACGUGCAGCUUCCGGUUGCUAUGGUGAUGCGCGUCUCCGGCCUAGUAAGCACUCCGAAGCCUCGGGAUGCCGCAGGAAAUCAGCCCGCCGCCUCCCAACCUUCGUACGCUCCGCUCCAUCAACAGCCGGGAGCUCAUCCAGGUGGUGUUCUGUAACCGGAGCCCCCGCUUGGUGCAGCCGAUAUGGAUGAACUUCAAGGGGGAGCCGCAGCCCUACCCGUCCAUCCCACCCGGGACAGGACGGAUGAUGAACACCUACCGGGAUCAUAUCUGGUUGUUCCGUGAAGCGGAGACGGAUGUGGCAAUGCUGGUAAACGAGCAGGAAAUGUACAUUCCGACCCCCUAUGGUGACGGACCGCCGCCGGCUGUGAACAUCUAUCUGCCAGUUUUUACCCUGAAAGAGUGCUGCCUCCAGAUGGUCCGAAGUCUAGUGAAGCCUCGAGACUACAGGAAGCUGGAAAUCGUGACGUCCCUCUACGACGACUUGGAAAACCGGCCCAGUUUGGGAAGGGACUUGCGGCGAUUAGCAUUUGCUUUCUGGGAGCAAGCCGACCUAGAGAACGUCCCGGUGCUGAGGAGACCUUCAGCUUUAUCUGGAGCUGUCGAUCCGGAGGGGGGAAGACCCGCCAUGGCUAGUCCUCGCUGCAGCACCUCCUCCCCUCUGAUCGUUGACAUCCCCGCGGGGUGUUGGGAUGAACUUUGUCGCUGUAUUGAUUGUCUUAUAGACUGGGAGUGGCUACGAUUUGUUUCCAACAUAAUGAGCGAUGAAACAUCUGUCCAGAAAUUCCAGAUGAAGAGGAGAGCGGGAGAUAACGCCACCAGGGAGCUGCUUUGGAGUUGGGGACAGAAACUGGCCACCGUUCAGGACCUGGAGGAUAUAUUGGAGAAACUGGAACUUUACAGAGCGCUGGAGAUCCUCCGACAGAACCCCAUGAUCUCCUCCCAGAACUCUCCAGGAUCAGAGAGAAGAUCGGAUCACGGAUCCGGGGCACAACAGAACUCAGCGACCAGCGCCGCCAUGAUGGAUAAAGCUCCAGACUUCGUUCUGCCAUCCCCGCCGCCUCCUCCGUCAGAGUUUCUGAGGUCCUUGGAGAGAGAUUGCAGUCCGUUCUCAGAACAGAUGAGGUGCGUGCAAUUUAGGAGGGAGGUUGAUGCAUCUUUAGAGGCGGGUCACUUGCACCUGGCUCUGAGCAUUCCGCAGCAGGAGAUCAGCCUGACGCCGGGCGCCUUGUGUCAGCAGUGGACUCCUCGGCAGGUCGAUGAAAUCACCGACGCGUUCGGCGUGGAAAGGAAGAUUUACUCCGGGCAGUUCGCCGACAUCUAUGUGGGGAAGAAGGCGGACAGAACUUACGCCGUAAAGAAAAUAAAGGAGGUGGACGGAGAGCAGACAGACAGAUUACAUUCCUUCUUCCAGACAGAAGCACAGAUCACUUUCCGCUGUACCCACCCUAAUCUGCUGCCGCUGCUGGGAUUCUGCCUGGAGAGCGGACGCCGCUGCCUCAUCAACCAGUUCAUGAAGAACGGCUCAUUGGAUGAGGCUUUACACGGAGGAGGAGAUCACAUCCUGAGCUGGGAGAAGAGGCUGAGGGUCGCUGCGGGUCUCCUGCGGGCUGUGCAUCACUUGCAUGCGUCUGACCUGUUCCACGGGAAUAUUAAGAGUUCCAAUGUGCUACUGGAUGAAGAUUUCUCUCCGAGACUGGGACACUCCGGACCUCGAUUCUGCCCAGACACGUCCGCCAAUUACACUCAGGUGAAAACCCAGGACGUGCAGAAGUACCAACCUUACCUGCCGGACAGCUACCUGAGGAGAGGGCAACUGACUGCACAGACAGACAUCUUUUCUGCUGGCGUGGUUCUGGCGGAAAUCCUGACCGGACUAAUGGCGAGCGACAAGAGCCGAGACCCCGCCUACUUGAAAGAUCUGGUUGUGAAAGAGAUGGAGCAGGCGAAAUCGUGUGCGCAGCCCAGCGGCGAUAAGGCAGAGGCUGCGGAGCGCCUGUGUGCAAAGGCACUGCUUGGGAAACAUGCUGACCCCAAGCCUGGGAGAGCCCCAGAAGAGGCGGGGCUUUACCUGGCGCUCGCCAUCUGCUUGUGUCUCACCAAGAAGAAGGUUGUGUUAUCAGAGGUCACCGCCAUGUUGGAAAAAGCAGAAAACGAGCUCAAGGCUCCAUUAAAAGAGUCCAGAGAAGAGAUGUCCAGCCUGAACGUCCCGGAGGAAAGUGACUUUGAGGAAUCGUUGUCCCCGCGCUCCGCACCUAGGGAGCCAUCUUGUUGGAGCCUGCCCAAAACCAAUAAAGCUUUUCACCGUAUGAAUGUGAGGACUGCGUGCGGCAUGGAGGCCGGGGAGAGGCCAGCAAGAAGCCCCUGUGAGCUGGAUGAGUCCGGCAGCUACCUGCUGUCCCCUGGGGGGAUGUGGUAUGAUAUGGGGGCGGAGCCGCCAUCAUGCAACACGCAACCCGGACCGUCUGCCCGCGGACACGUCAGCAACCUGGACUUCCUGGAUCUGAGCAGCCCAUCGGAGAGCGAUGAUCGGUCGUGGGGGAUAGAGGUGAACAUGGCCAAGAUGAAGCUGAUGAAGGAUAUUGAGCUGUAUGAACAGGACAAGGUGGACAGCUCGGUCCUGUUUACCAAAUAGCAGACAAGGACUGAGCCUGUGUGUCCAGUGGGGACCGACGAUGACACCAGGAAUGGUGCAGACUGGAGAUCCCGAUAAAUCGUUCAGCAACGACACCUUUCACAGAAGUUUGUCUCCAGCGCAGCCAUUUUGUUGGAGACCGCCUCACCACAACUACCUCAAUAAAGACUACCUCUCAGGAAUCGGGGGGGAAAAUAAUUGGACCGACAUUCAGCCAGUCCCUCACCAUGACACUCAGCCAGUCCCUCACCGUGACACUCAGCCAGUCUCUCACCGUGACACUCAGCCAGUCCCUCACCCCUACAUUCAGCCAGUCCCUCACCAUGACACUCAGCCAGUCUCUCACCAUGACACUCAGCCAGUCCCUCACCAUGACACUCAGCCAGUCCCUCACCCCUACAUUCAGCCAGUCCCUCACCAUGACACUCAGCCAGUCCCUUACCAUGACACUCAGCCAGUCCCUCACCCCUACAUUCAGCCAGUCCCUCACCAUGACACUCAGCCAGUCUCUCACCAUGACACUCAGCCAGUCCCUCACCGUGACACUCAGCCAGUCCCUCACCGUGACACUCAGCCAGUCCCUCACCAUGACACUCAGCCAGUCUCUCACCGUGACACUCAGCCAGUCUCUCACCGUGACACUCAGCCAGUCCCUCGCCGUGACACUCACCCGAACACUCACCCAGACAACAUGAUACUCACCCCAACACUCACAAUGACAAUCACUGUGACGUUCACCCACGACACUCACCCCCACACACCAACGCUCAGCCAGUCCCUCACCGUGACACUCAGCCAGUCCCUCACCGUAAAACUCAGCCAGUCCCUCACCCCGACAUUCAGCCAGUCCCUCACCGUGACACUCAGCCAGUCCCUCACCGUUACACUCAGCCAGUCCCUCACCGUGACACUCAGCCAGUCCCAUACCGUGACACUCAGCCAGUCCCUCACCGUGACACUCAGCCAGUCCCAUACCGUGACACUCAGCCAGUCCCUCACCGUGACACUCAGCCAGUCCCUCACCGUGACACUCAGCCAGUCCCAUACCGUGACACUCAGCCAGUCCCUCACCGUGACACUCAACCGAACACUGACCCAGACAACAUGAUACUCACCCCAACACUCACAAUGACAAUCACUGUGACGUUCACCCCGACAAUCACCCCCACACACCAAUGCUCAGCCAGUCCCUCACCAUGACAUUUAGCCAGUCCCUCACCAUGGCACUCAGCCAGUCCCUCACCGUGACACUCAGCCAGUCCCUCACCAUGACACUCAGCCAGUCCCUCACCGUGACACUCAGCCAGUCCCUCACCGUGACACUCAGCCAGUCCCUCACCGUGACACUCAGCCAGUCCCUCACC